UUGACGACAUUUAACACGCCUACGGAUGCUCGUGGAGAAGAAAGAAGGCGGUAGGACAUCAAAACAGGAGGGGAGGUGGUGGGUAAGGAUGCAUGUUUUUUUUUUUCUGGUGAGUGUGAGGAGGCUGUGCCUAACUUGUCGAGUGCAUAAGAGGCUCCCUGUGCGCGACCCUCUCAGCAUUCAUGACCAGAGUGCCAGGCGAUCCAACUAUUGAACCUGACAGGAUUUGCACAGGGUUUGUUUAAGUCGUGGGAGCCAGCGCGAGUAUCAUCAUGGCCGUGUCCCACGAGAGGAUUGUGCGUCUGGGGCUCUGGUUGCUCCUCUUGUUGGGAGCAGGCACGGUUGUGGACGCAUGCAGCUGCCACCCAGCUCACCCACAGCAGCUCUUCUGCAGCGCCGAGACGGUGAUCAGGGCGAAAAUUGCUGGGGAGAAGAUUGUGUCGCCUAGCAACAGCUCCUCCCCCUACAUGAAGAUGAUCCAGUAUGAAAUAAAGAUGAUCAAGAUGUUCAAAGGGUUCGACAAGGCCAAGGAUAUCCAGUAUGUGUACACCCCAGUCUUCUCCUCGCUGUGUGGAGUCAAAUUAGACUCCAAUAACAAAGCAGGGUAUCUGCUCUCAGGAAGCAUGUGGAGCGACGGGCGGCUUUCCAUUGGUCAGUGUGACCUGGUGGAGUCCUGGGACAAUUUAUCACUCUCACAAAGGAAAAAUCUCAACUACAGAUACCAGAUGGGCUGUGAAUGCAGAAUCAACGUGUGCUACACGGUGCCCUGCGCAUCCACGGGAGAAAACGAAUGCUUGUGGACGGACUGGUUGCUGGAUAACAGCCUUAAUGGCGAGCAGGCACGGCAGUACGCAUGCAUUCGUCGCUCCGACACGACCUGUGGCUGGUACAGGGGCGGCCAUGCCCCCGAGAAAGACUUCCUGGACAUGACUGACCCGUGACCGUCUCAAGAUUCCAUCUCUGUCUGACUCCUGUCAUGCCUCCAGUCAGAGGGAUGUCCUGCUUUGGCUCGUAUAGCUGAAAUAUGGAUGAUUUAUGCGUAACAUAGCAACAGGGCUGAUAUCAUUUCUGAAAGAGCUCCCGCUACCAGAUGGAUGCUGCGGCAAUGCUAAUUAAAGUUUCAUUGAAUAAUCUUUACAAAGCGGUUUUAAAAAUGUGCAGAGGCAUUAGGAAAGCUUGGCAUUACCGUUGACCAGGAUUUAUACAUUAAUUCCGAGAAGAGCUUGGUUUCAUUUACUUAAUAUCGCAAUAUCGAAAUAUCCUGAUGCAGAAAAACAAGUGGACGCUUUUGUGAUCUCUAGGCUGAAUUAUUUUCCCUCUCUAUGCUCAGGCUGCAAAAAAAAAAAAAAAAAAAAAAAAAAAAAGCCUUGAACCACCAGCUGGUUAGGUUUGGUGCUGCUGGAGUGCUGAUUACAAAAAGGAAGAUAUUACAUUCCUCUUGUUGUAGCUUAACUACACUAAUUUAGAAUAGAAUCAAAAAAGCUCAAAAUGUUCAAAGCUUGUGAAUUCUUAUGAAUCCGCUAAAACCCUACACUCCCAGAACCUUUAAAUGUCAUUUUCUCACAAAAUAUGCAACAACUGCUGCUAGAACAAUUAUGCUGCCAGUGAACAUUAAAAAAUCAAAAUUACUUCAGAAAUCUAUCUGCUUGCUUCCGCAAUAGAUUAUAUUGACCAUCUAUAGUCAGUCAAAGCCUCUAAAAGAAUAGCUAACAAUAACACCGCUGCUUGAGUAUUGAUUCCUCCUGCUCAAAUUGCCUCAGCAACGUGCUUGCAUUUGAGAAACCCACGACAGCCUUAAGCUUCCACGGGCUUAACAUAAUAAUUUUGCAAAUUUUACUACACUUGCUGCUAAAACAAAUACUGUGCUGCCAUUGGACAUUGCAGAAAUUGACUCAUAAAUCCGCUUGCUUUUCUUCAUACUGUAUUAACUCUGGAAAGUCACGUGGACCAGCUGGUUCUGAGUGCUGCUGCUCAAGCUGAAUACAACAAGGAGAAGAGCUCCAAUUUUAGAAGAGAAUCUAAAAUGCAUCUUGUCACCCUAAAAGCUGUUCAGAGCUUGUGGUCCCUUAGCAACUACAGGACUAUAUUUCCAGAGCCUUUAAAAGUCAUUUUCUGAAAAUUAGGUUGCAGCCGCCGCUAAAACAACCACUGAUCAGCUACUGAACGUUGCAAAUGUCAAUUACCUAUCCC